CGAGAGCAUUAAGCAGAAGAAACUUGUUAAAAACUUGGCGAGACGCGUGAGAAAAAGUUGAGAAUUGGAAUCGAAGAAGGGAUAGGGUUUUGGUUACUUGGAGAGUGUGAGUAUUUUAGUUACCACCGUCGUUUGCGAUUUCAAACUUUUUUUUGUUAUACCGGUGAAUUUGAGUAGACAGACAAUGGAAGAAAUAAGAUCGGCGAUGGAGAAGCAAAUGGAUCUCGUAGCGGAUCUGGUUGAGAAACUCUCCGGAGAGCUCCGAACGGGGUUCCAACCUGCUUACGAUAAUUUCUUGGGAUUUUUCCACGCCAUUGAUUGGAAGGAACCUUGGAUUAUGGGUUUAAUGGCAUUUCAUGCUUUGUUGCUACUGGUUACUCUUCUUUCUAGAAGGCAUCUCAACUUCCAUAUGUUUCUCUUCUUAUUGGCUUUGGCUGGGGUAUACUUUGCAGAGAAUCUCAACCGGGAGUUGAGAAAAAACUGGAAGAGCUUCUCAACUCAAAACUACUUUGACUCGCAAGGAGUCUUCCUAUCGGUUCUCUGGUCUGGACCACUUUUGGUCAUUGCUAUGAUAAUCCUGAUAAACACACUGUUUUCGCUUUGCUACCUAAUCGUAAAGUGGAAAAGAGCUGAGCUCAGGCAUCGCGCAAGGCUUGCUCGUACCAAGGAGGAAUAGAUCCCACUUUUUUAUAUCUCACAUUUAUGUAUACUCUCACUUUGCAACAAACUGUUUUGAGGUUUUUAGUAGAAGGCUAGAAGCUGCUCUUUCUAUGUAUCUCGUGUUUAAUUGAAUUGAAUUGUAUCAAAACCGAACCAAACCAGAUUAUUCUACUUCGGUUUGUUAUGGUAAUGUUUUGAAACCCCGAAUUGAAAUCGAAA